AUGGCCGAGCAAUUUAAAGAGAUUCAAGGACUUCUCGAAAAUGUAGAAUCUGAACCUCCAUCCUUUAAAAAGUAUGUUAAAAUCGUCUUACCACAUGUUGCCUUAGUAGCCGUCGUAUGCUUAUACGCUGCAAUUGGUGCAUGGAUAUUUUAUAGUUUAGAAUCACCACAUGAAGAUCGACUUAAAAAAAACGGUAUCAUGAAAAUAAAUCAAAUGCGAAGUGAAUUCCUGUUUCUGAUAACUUUAAAUGAGUGGUUACGCAUAUCUAAUGAACGACUCCAAUAUUUCAAUGAAAAUUUAUAUAGAGCAUUCAAAGAGCAAUUCGUCAGGAAAUCUCGGAGAAAAUCAGAAAAGAGUAAAAAGUUGUGGACAGCCAGUAGUGCCAUAUUUUUUGCUGCCACAACAAUGGCAACAAUAGGUUAUGGCAAUAUUGUACCAGUUACUUCAUAUGGUCGCAUAACUUGCGUUAUUUUUGCAUUGUUCGGCGCACCUUUGGCCAUUGUUACGAUUGGUGAUUUGGGAAAAUUCUUAUCUGAAUGCACUAUUUGUUUCUACAAUAAGAUGAGAAAAAUACGCAAAACCAUAAAUGGUAAUGUCUCUGGAAAUUUGCGGAAUCAAUUGAGUGAGCUUAUCAAUGAUAAAACAGAAGUGCCUGUUAUUCUCGUCUUUGCCAUACUUCUUUUAUAUAUUGCUUUUGGAGGAAUACUUUUUGCUAUUGUUGAAUCGUGGACUUAUAUGGAUGCAUUUUAUUAUUGUUUUAUUUCACUAACCACUAUUGGUUUUGGAGAUAUUGUGCCUGAACGACAUGAAUAUAUAUUGCUCAUGCUAAUUUACCUUGGAGUUGGAUUAGCCGUUACCACUAUGUGUAUUGAUCUUGCUGGUAUUCAGUACAUACAAAAAAUACAUUAUUUUGGUCGUAAAUUCCGUGGAGCCGAUCUUUUACAAUUACUUAAGCGCAAACGAAUGAUUGAGCGCAGUAUGGCACUUGGUCACUGUGAUGAGAUUUUACAAAUUUAUUUUCAAAGUUUGCAAGAUGGAAGGUUCGCUAUUUGCAAAAAAUUUUUUAAAAUUAUUCAAAAAUCGAGUGGAAUAAUUUUCAUUUCAUUUGUUCUUCGUAUCAUCCCAGUUGGCCUUUAUUGUAUGGAACAGUGGAACUCAUAUUUGGAAAUGCUAAAAGAAUCACAAGAAACUAAAAUACAAAUAUGUUCAAAUAAGGUAAUUUAUUUCAGUCCUUCUCGAGCAUCAUCAUCUGGAUCAGAAGCUUCAAGUAUACCGUUUAGCAUUGAUCUUGGUGGUUUCGAAUUGAUGGAUUCAGGUGUUGCACCAGAAUCAUUGCUGUCAAGUGAAGAACCAAUUUUAUUUCUUAACAAUAUUCCUGUUCACAGUGUUCAUCAUGAUACAGUACAAACUGAAGCAGCACUUGAAUGUUUGGUAAAAGCUAAUGGUUCAGUGCUGAGUAAAGCAAUACCACCAACGAUGGUUGAUGAUAACUUUUGUUUCAUUGUCGAUGGUCAAUAUAUUAGUAAUUCUGAUAUGUUAGGUGAUAGUAAAUGGUGGCGUCAUACCAGCAAACCUACUAAAUAUUUUUAUUCUGACAAUAUGCGAACCUUUCAUAAAGUCAGUUGUAUAAGUACGAAAGGAAAGAUUAUUGCAGCAAAAAUUACCUCAAAUCGUAUGGAACUACGAAGAUCUUCAGUGGUUUUUGCAUCACGAGAUUCAGUAUGUCUUCCUUCUCCUUAUAAUAGUCCACAACGAGGUGAACAAAUUCCACUUUCUCGAGUAUACAAAAUUAUGCGAUUCUAUAGUUUUUGGAAGACAUGUACUUCAUUCCAUCGUAUCGUAACACUCAUGGAAAAAAUCACCGAUGAUCCAUCUAAUGAAACGUUUAAGAAGCGAUUUUUUGUACAAUAUCUCUGGCGAAAUGUGAAACCAUCGGAGAAAGCUCGUGUUAAAAAAGAAUAUGAUCUUGCGAAUCCGAAAGAAUUAAAAGCGACCUUAGGCGAAAAUUCACUGCAUGAUUUAUCAUUCAAUAUUUGUUUCGGCUGUGCCUUUAUUGAACGAAAGCUUGCCGUCCAUACUAAAAAUACUAGAAAAUGGCGAAAAAUCACCAAACCAUUAAAGCAAAUGGCUUACGUGGCUUACUUUCUCAAUAUUUCAAAUUUUUGCGAUACGAUUCUCUAA